UCAGUUCAGCUGCUUCAGAAGAUUUAACUUUACUAUGAACUCUGGCUGAAGUUUAAUAAACACCUUUAUUAGGAGUCACGGUGUUUAUUUAGCUUCUGCUGCGCGUUUGAAGCAGCUGCGACGCCGCAGCCUUUCACUGCGGAUCCGUAGAAGCGGUUGCGCUUCUCGCCCAUGGAUCCGCUGGAUUUCCUGGAUGAGGGAGAACUGCGGCGCUUUUUCCACAACAAUAAGACUCUGAUGUCCUGCAUGGAGAGGCCGCACACGUUCCUGCGGCAGCUCAGAGACCACAGCCUGAUCCCAGAGGACCGAUACCAGAGCGUGAGUCUCAUGUACAACAGAGAAAAGCUUAAGAAGGCAGUUUAUGACAUCUUGGACCAGUUUGAAAGGGAGCGACCACAGGACGUCCGCGCUUUCUGGAAAACCAUCCUGAACAGCGUGAUCAUGGACGAGUACCCAACGCUGCGGAAGCUGCACAACAGCCUCAUGGACGGGUCAGUCCAUUUCAACCGACAGUUGGUGGAGAAGAAAAGAAAAGCUCCUUCAGAAGAAGGAGAGGAGAACUCUGAGAAAGAAAAGAAGAAACGGACAAUGAGCAAUGAGGAGCAGCCUGUUCCGUCUCCUCAGCUGAUCCCAGCCUCCAGCUUAAAGAAGGAGGAACAGGAUUUGACCUCGCACAUCUUUAAGGCUCAGCUGCCGGUGACCUGUGGAGACCUGCAGGCGUUGCUGAGAAAAGACAGACUGGCUGAAGGGAAGAAAUGCAUUUUGUACCAGCAGCAGUGGUUGACGCCCAGUGACUUCGAGAGACUUGCAGGAAGACAAAGCUCCAGGAACUGGAAGCUGAGCAUCCGGUGCUUCGGCCAGACCCUGGGGAAACUCAUGCAGGACGGUCGUCUGGCAUCAGUCAGAUACAAAGGAGGCUGUAAGAAGGUCGAUAAACCUCCGCAUCCACCGGACCAAACGGCCCCAGACGAGGACGCGUCUGAGCCGCAGGAAGCAGACGACGACGGCAGCUACGUGGUUUUCAGAGUCGCAUGUGAAGACGUCACGUUUGAAGCAGCAGCUGCUGAGCCCCAGGACCUGGGUCAGGACGUGAAGAUGGAGGAACUGGCCGUCGGUCACUUCAUGGAGAUUUCUGACGAGGAGCCGACAGACGAGCAGGAGCUGUCAGACGAAGAGAAGGGGGAUCACAGAGGUGGGCGCCUGUGGGAACCGGAGCAGCCGGGCUCCUCGGCUCAGCUGAUCUCAGAUUCUUCCAUUAAGGAGGAGAAGAACGUUGUGGCUUCGCCUUUGCCGUCUCAGCUGCCUGUGACCUGUGGAGACCUGGAGGGGACGCUGUUCACAGAGCGACUGGCUAAAGGGGAGAAAUGCAUCGCGUUCCAGCAGCAGUGGUUCAUACCCAGCGAGUUCGAGAGACGAGCAGGGAAGAGGAGGUUCAAGAACUGGAAGCUGAGCAUCCGACAUGGCAGCACGCCGCUGGGAAAGCUCAUACAGGACGGUCGACUGAAAUCAGCGAAAUACAAAGGAGGCUGUAAAAAGGCCGAGAAACCUCAGCGUCCGUCUGAGCAAACGACGGCAGGCCGGGACGAGUCCAGCAGCCUCGACCCCCAGACCCAAGUCUUCACAGUGACCUGUGGCGCCUCCUCUGGGACGCUGGACAGGCAGCGAUUCUCAUCAGGCGCCUGUGGGAGGAGCAUCCGAACCAAGGGGAGCUGGAUGACCCCCGAGGAGUUUGUGGAGGCGUCAGGCAGGUCCAAAGCCUCCUGGGAAACCGAGAUCCGGUGGAGAGGAAACGCGCUGAGCGUCCUGAGAGAGAACAGCAUCCUUCAGAUCAUCUGCGACCAUCACGACGACGAAAGCUGCAAAAUAGACCCGAAAAAGAUGGAGAGACAGAAGAAUGACGAGCGGUGUUUCGUGUGUCGGCGUGGAGGAGAGCAGCUGCAGGCGCUGUGUGCACACUGCCCUCGCUCCUUCCAUCACACGUGUCACCUGCCGCAUGUGGCCCAAACAGACCUGAGUGAGGACAGGCCGUGGAUGUGCACCUUUUGUGAAUUCACAUCCUACAAGGUUCACGAGGAGAUGACGAUGGAGGCAGCCAUGUCCCAAUACGUGUCACGAUACAUGCUGACUUGUCAGUACCUCCUCCUGUAUCUGUGCAGCUCAGAUAAGACUCAACUUUUUGCAGACCCAGAUACGCCGCUGUCGUUCGCUAGCGUAGCAGACAGACUUCAGGGCAGAGAGUACCAGACGGUGGAGGACUUCAUUUCUGACAUCCAGCUCAUUUUUGCUACCUUCUCUGAUAAGAACGACAACGAUAAGUCUCUUCGCAGGAGCAGACGACUGCAGCAAAUGUUUGAUGGAGAAUUUAAGAAAGUGUUUAACAUCUGUCAAUCGACAGACUCAGCCUCAGGAGAAAGUUUUUGUGCUGUUUUGAUUUCGAGCUUCUUGACGCCUGUUCAGAGUUCAGCCCGCGCCCACUCCGGCGUGUGUGAGAUGGAUCUUCAGAUUGAUUCACUGGAUUCCGAGGAUCUGCUGCAGUUCUUGCACUGCAAGAAAACGGAACUGUCCUGCAUGAAAAACCCGCUCACUUUCCUGCGGCAGCUCCGGGACCACAACCUGAUCCCAGAGGCCAAAUUCCAAAAGGUGAGUCACAGAACGAGUAAGGAAAGUCUGAAGAAAGGCGUGUAUGACGUGCUGGAGUGGCUGGAGAGGGCGCACGCGCAGCACAUCCGCCUCUUCUGGAGCUGCGUCCUGGAGGACACCAUCACUAACGAGUACCCGACGCUGCGUCUGCUGCGCAGGAGCAUCGUGGACGGCAAGUGUUCAGGUCGCUUUAAGCGAAAUGUUCGUUCAGAGCAAUGUGCAACUGCAGCUUUUAUCUUUAUCGCAGGGUCUUUCCGUGAAAACUUGCAAUUGUUUAAGAAGGUGGAAAAGAAAAAGAGGAAGGAGGUUUCAGACGAGGAUGAAGACGAAGACGUGCAACUGGACUCAGUUAAAAAGAAGAAACAGAGGAAUGCGCCUUCAAUUAACUACAACGAUGAUGAUGAGGAUGAUGAGGAUGAGCAGCAGCUGACUCCACGUCAGAAGAACUCAAUGAAAGGAGAGAAGAGGAACCUGAGGGGGCGGGUGUGUGGUGAUGAUGACGAGCAGUCUGGGCCUUCGUCUCGGUCGAGCACAGCUGCCUUUAAAAGGCUGAAGAAGAAGAAGGAAGAGAAGACCAGCGUGACUGUGACCUGUGGACCCCUGCAGGGGUCGCUGAGCAAAGGCAAACUGGCCAAAGGACAGAGUUGCAUCUGGUUCAACAGACGCUGGUUCACGCCCACGGCGUUUGAGCGGCGUGCGGGGAAGCAGAGCUCAAAGAACUGGAAGACCAGCAUCCGCUGCGAAGGCGUUCCGCUCGGGAAACUCCUCCAGGACGGGCGUCUGGCGUCGGCUCCCUUCAAACGAGGCCACAAGGCCAAGAAAUCCUCGUUUUCACCUGAAGCAGCGUCCGAUGGCGGCGGCAGUGAAGACGGGAAUAAAAGUGAGGAGAGUGAAGACGGAGAAGAUCAGACUUCAUCAAGUAACGAGGAAGGUUCCACAUUCGACACAGAUGACGAGACGGAGCAGCAGCAGGAGGACGAGCGCCACGAGCGCAGGAUGACGGUUUCCUGCGGAGCCGCGACCGCCACUUUACACACGAAACGCUUCGCAUCAGGAGACCGUGGGAAGAGCAUCCGCACCGAGAGCAGCUGGAUGACCCCCGAGGAGUUUGUGAAGCAGGCCUCAGGUCAGAUCAACGCCUGCUGGAAGAAAGACAUCGUGUGUGAAGGGAAAGCACUCGGGUUCCUCCUGGAGAAGACCUUGAAGACCCACUCCGUGCAGUGUGACUGUCACCUGUGCUUCCCAGAGGAGGACGACCUGGAAAACCAAAGAAACGACGACGACUGCUGGGUGUGUGGAAGCCACGAAGGGCCCGUGCUGGUGGUGUGCGACUUCUGCCCUCGCUCCUUCCACCAGACGUGUCACCUGCCGCCGGUGGACGACGCCGCACUGAGAGACAGCCGGCAGUGGAAAUGCACCUGCUGUGAGCUGGCGUCCGGCGGUACCGGUCCGGCGCUGGACCUGCAGACGGCCGAGGCCCAGCUGGUUUCCGGACACGUGCUGAAAUGCCAGUACCUCCUGCUGUGCGUGUUCGGCGCCGGCGCAGAGCGGGCCGCGCUCGCGCCGGAGCGGCUCGAUGCCGUAGCCAAGAAGCUUCAGGGAACGGGUUUCCAGACGGUGGGAGAGUUCGUGUCCGACGUCCAGCUCAUCCUCAGCCAAGUGGAGGCAGAACUCCCCGUCCAGCGAGGUUCGCUCCAGGAGUUCUUCAAGACAGAGUUUAGGAAAGUCUUUAAAAUCUGUGAUUAGAGGGAUGUUUCUCAACGGUCGGCGUGUGAGCUGGAUGUGGGACGGCUCACGGUCAUCACUGGUCCAACGUGUCCAUUCAGCACGUGGAGGAGAAGCCUGGGACGUUCUCCUCUGAUGCUGAAGCUCCAAUAGGAACUUGUCCAGAGCAUAAAGGAUAAAGUCUAUGAUUGAUUCGAUUGAACUUUAUCCAUUUUCAUCUUUUUUACUCAAUAAGCAAGUAUUAUCCAUUCCAGACUUUUUAUGGUGCGAUAUUAAAGUACUAUACCAGUAAUAACUGGUAUAAACUGAAAACAUGUUUCACUUUUAAAAUAGCAUUUAGUAACAAUAUUCUGGGUUUUGCUCCUGUAUUUUAUGGUUAUGUUGUAUUGUUUUCUACACUGUUAAAAUAAAGCCUCUGUCUCCUG